UUUUCUUUCUUGCAUUUCAGACGUUGAUCUCUUUCACUGAAUACUUGAACCAUUAUCACUAUGGCAAACCAAUCUGAACCAAGCACUGCUACCAGCACAGAUGAUCUGAAGUUGCACCGGUGGGCGGUAUGGGCCAUCCCACCGGAUAACAUUUGUAAGAGAGUUAAAACGGUAAUGGAGGCCCUCCGGAAGGAAUUUGGUGGGCCUGAGGUCGAGCCCCACAUCACCGUUGCGGGCUCCAUUCUCUUCAAUCGCUCAGAGGCCAUUGAGAAGUUCAUCGGUGCAUGUAAUGAGAUAAACCCCUAUGUUUGUCAAGUCGAUCAACUUGAGACUAGCAAAUUCUAUUUCCAAUGUGUUUCCCUCGUCUUUCAGACAGAUCAUCAGUUGACACAGGAAACUGGACUCUUGGCUGCGCGUAUGUAUUGCAAUAGUGCUAAUAUGCCACAUUUGAGCUUGUUCUAUGGGGAUCUUACAGAUGAAGAGAAGAAAAGAGCAGUAGAAAUAGUGAAGAGUGUCGAUGAGGGACUUUGUACCAUUAGCUUCACCAUAAAUCGGGUGCAAUUGUACAGGGUUAACUUCGAAGAUAAAACUCAAAAAUCUUGGGAGAUGGUUUCUGAAUGCAACCUUCGACCCAAAAUCUAGAAUAUAUGCUUGUUUACAGCAGCCUCAUAUUGUAAUAACUAAUAAGAGUACUGUAAUUGCUCGACUGUCUCUUGCACCAUCAUCAACAAGUACUAAAGUUCUACAAGUUUUCAUGUCAUUUAUGAUGAUCAACGUACGUGUUCUUAUUGCA